UAUUGAAACGUUUAUAGUUCUGCUACUAAAAUAAAAUAAAAAUAUCAAAAUGUUUAAUUACAUAACUGUUACCUUACUCGUACUAGUCUUGCACACAUGCUUUUGCGAUAAGAAACCUAAUUUUGUUUUAAUUCUCACAGAUGAUCAAGAUAUUGUAUUGAAUGGAAUGGAACCCCUGAAAAAUGUGCAACGUUUAAUUGGGAAUGAGGGCACGAUAUUCAACAAUUCUUAUACAACGUCGCCUCUGUGUUGCCCCAGCCGGGCAAGUAUUUUGACGGGUCUAUAUAUUCACAAUCACCACACAUAUAAUAACAGUGUGGACGGCGGGUGCUAUGGCAGCUCCUGGAAGCAGCUGGAAACAAGCACGUUCAAUUACAUGAUGAAUACAGCUGGAUACAGCACAUUUUAUGCUGGAAAGUAUUUAAAUACGUAUGCUACACAAUCAGACGAUGGUCCGGAAAAUGUUCCCCCGGGAUGGACGGAGUGGCACGCUCUUGUGGGGAACUCAGUAUACUACGACUAUACACUGUCUAAUAACGGAGUACCAACAAAUUAUUCUGACUUGUACCUUACUGAUGUUAUUCGAGAUCUAGGAACCAGUUAUAUUAAAAAGCAAACAGAGUCGCAGCCGUUCCUCAUGGUGUUGGCUCCCCCAGCCCCGCAUGAACCCUUCACGCCGGCCCCCAGAUAUAAAGACGCGUUCCUCAACGUUACUGUUGUCAAACAACCGAAUUUUAACGUUGCUUCAACGGAUAAGCACUGGCUGAUGUCGAUGCCUCCCUCCCCGCUACCACAGAGUAUUAUGCCAGAGUUGGACAGAGUAUACAGGUCGCGUUGGGAGACUCUGUUGUCUGUGGACGAGAUGGUGGCUGACCUUAUACAAGCACUCGACACCAACAAUCUGUUGGCAGAUACUUACGUCAUUUAUACUUCAGAUAAUGGCUACCAUGUCGGCCAAUUUUCACUAGUGUACGACAAACGCCAACCUUACGAAACUGAUAUAAAAGUACCGCUUCUAAUUCGAGGUCCGAACAUACAAAAGAACACAAUAAACGACCAACCCAUAUUAAACAUUGACUUGGCACCGACCAUCCUAGGGUUAGCUGGUCUUACUGCACCCAAUUCUAUGGACGGGAAGGCAAUUCUGUUUGAAGAAGAUGUAGAUGUAGAAAGGAAGAUGCUUGUGGAGCAUUAUGGUGAAGCCGGUGAUUCAGUUGAACCACAAUGUCCGUGGGUGUAUGAUCACAAUAAUUUAGCUGAAUGCCUUGUUGAUUAUGAUUGUAAAUGUCAAGACUCAAGGAAUAACACAUACGCAUGUCUUAGGCAUAUUUCAAGGCAGAUCAAUAAAAAGUACUGUGUGUUUGCAGAUGAAGAGAACUUCAAAGAAAUGUAUGAUCUAUCUAAAGAUCCGUACGAAUUGGAGAACAUAAUAGAAGACGAACUGCCUUCUAUACGCGAUUCGUACCAACAUACAUUGAUACAUAUGUUGAACUGCAGAGGAGUAGACGAUUGUGAAAACCAAGAUUGAAAACUAAAGUCUGUGUAAAAAAUAUUUAGUUUAACUUUGCUGUCAAAACUAAAAUUAUAUAAAAAUAUUAAUAUGUAGUAAAUAAUAUAUCUGCCUGAAACACCAAA